AUGAGUGGAACAAGUAGAACAUUGCUAAAAAUAACGGAUAGUCAUAUUAAUCCAGGUCCUUUCCAAAAAAUGAAGUGCAAACUCGCUCUUCAACUUUUUAGUAACACCGUAACUGCGGUUAUCAAAACAUGUGUAACUACAUUACAGAUUAUGUCUAUGACAGGUGCAUAUACAGCAAAUUUUUUAAAGCAUAAGAACGAUUUGUUUGAUUGCUUAAAUAGCAAAUGUUUGUAUAGCUCCAAUCCUAAAAUGUGUGCAUUAUCUGAAGAACGGCCUAGACAAAUCCAAUUUUUAAGUGAAGCAAAAAGAUUACGAGGUACGCCGCGGUAG